CUCUUAACAACCCAACUAAUACGUACUCCUAAAUUUUAUUUUCAUUUAAAAACUUUUGAAAAAAACAAUAAAGCAAAAGAAUACAAAAUACUCAUCCAUUCCAUCUCAUUUGCUAUACACAUAUAUAAAUAUUGCAUUUCUUCUCUCUAUCCAUACACUCAUCACCAACGUUCUCCCUCCCUUUUUUUUUUUUUGUUUCUCUUUCUCUCUUUACACAAAAAGAAUGGAUGACAAUAGUACCGGCGGCACUUGGCCGGAGUUCGAACUUCAGCUCCAAAACCUUAAAGCCAUCAAAGUACUAGGUAAAGGAGCCACCGGAACCGUCUUCCUCGUCCAUGACAUGCUAAUUGAUCCCUCUGCUACCUUCCCAUUCGCCCUCAAAGUUGUGGAAAAAUCCUUGUUUCCGAUUAAGCCUGAUUCCGACCGCCGAUCCCGGUGGGAAAUCUCUGUUCUCAACCAAAUCAAAGAGUUAGAAUCACCUCACCCUUUCCUUCCUUAUCUUCUGGGAACUGCUGAAACAGAGGAUUAUCUUUGUUGGGCCACGCCUUAUUGUCCCGGAGGUGACCUCAAUGUCCUCCGAUUCCGGCAAUCUGACCGUGUGUUUUCUCCAUUUGUCAUCCGAUUUUACCUCGCCGAGAUCAUUUGCGCUCUGGAGAAGCUUCACGAAUUGGGCAUUGCGUACAGAGAUUUGAAGCCGGAGAAUAUUUUGAUUCAGCAUUCUGGGCAUAUUACGCUGAGCGAUUUUGAUCUUUCGCGUAGUUUAUCGCCCAGAAAGAAGAAAACAACGGAAUUCAUGGCGCCCAGAACAGAGCCGCUGGAGAAACAGAGGAAACAGGGGAAUCGUCACCGGAGAAAUCUGACCCGGCUCGUUAAUCUUUACAAGAAGAAAGAAACUAGUGUAAAGAAAGCGAAAAGUGCCCGGGUUUCGCCUGUGACUCGGAAAACUAUAGAGCCUUCAGACGAGCGUUCGAAUUCCUUCGUCGGAACAGAGGAAUACGUCGCGCCGGAAGUUAUCAGCGGCGAAGGACAUGAAUUUUCCGUAGAUUGGUGGGCAUUGGGAAUUCUUUGUUAUGAGAUGUUGUACGGUACGACGCCGUUCAAAGGGAAAAAUCGGAAAGAAACUUUCCGGAAAAUCCUUCUUAUGGAGCCGGAAUUCGUCGGGAAACCCAACUCAUUGACGGACUUGAUAACAAAGUUGUUGGAGAAGGAUCCCACGCGCCGGCUGGGGUACCGAAGAGGCGCGUCAGAGAUCAAGGAGCACGAAUUCUUCAAAGGUUUGAGGUGGGAUUUGUUAACGGAGGUUUCACGGCCACCGUUUUUACCGUCAAGAGAUGAGACGGACUUGAUGGAGGAGCUGAAGAAAGGCGGUAUGGAUAUACGGGAAUAUUUUGAGAAAUUGAAAACACCGCCGUCUCCGUUAUGGUCGCCGUCAAUAGAUGAGUGUCGACGUAACGUUUCGUUAACGGAAUUCUAGCACACGUGUAAAGAGUUUUAAGUAGAUCAUUAGAGAUUAAUCUUGUGCAUAAAAAUAAGUGGUAGGACGAGAAAAAAGGCAUUAUUUAAGUUAGAUGUCCGUUGUUACAGAGACAUUAUCAUGAUCACCGUUGUACAUUGUUCUCAUGAAAGUAUUCCCGGCCAUGUUCACGGUGGCGCGUGGUGAUUAAACACAAUUGAUCGGUUAUUGGCCGGUGAAAUUGAAUUACAUUGAGCUUGUAGACAUUGAUGGCUCUUGUACUUAAUUUCCGUCUAAAAUAAGAAGUCUUAGUAUAAUUUGUAUUUGAUUAACCAGUGAAAUAAUGUGCU